AGCUGUGUUGGAAAGUAAAGUCAUCCACCAUCUUGUGUGCACAAGAACAAAGUGAAAUUAUUUAUAAAGAUUUUCAUAGAAAAUUGUACGUGAAGAAAAAGAAAAUCAUUUUAUUUUUGCAAAAAAAAAAAACUAUAUAAAAUAUAAAAAAGAAUAAAAUAUAAUUAUUUUAUAAACAAUGGCUACUUUGGAUUUUGAUGCUUUGCAAGCUGAGCUGAAAAGAAAGCGAAUAUGUCGCUUUUGUUUGUGUCAGGAUGUGGGAAAAUUAACAAAUAUUUUUUGUCGUGAUACACGCAUCAAAUCAUCAGCUCCUUUGCCCAUACAAAUAAUGGCUAUAGCUUCUAUAGAGUGUUUUAGUAACGACGGCAUGCCUCCUUAUGUCUGCAGCGAUUGUACAGAAAUUUUUGAGUACAGUUAUCAAUUUAAACAAAUGUGCAAAAAAGCCGACAAUCUUUUGCGCCAGUUUCCUUUAACAGGCAAAUGUCCAGAGAGUUUGGAUAAACCCAUUUUGAGGAAAGUGCUUUCUCAGCAAACACUGCCGGUAGCACCUGGCAAGCAGUAUAAUAAAACGACUCAAGUACGUGUGCAACACAAUAAAUCGAAUGUAGUAGCACAAGAAUCUCUACUAUUGCCCAAAAAAAUAUUGAAUUCGUCGGUGGCCAAAGCCAAGAUAACAGCUACUGUAAGCAAACCGCCCCAAAACACAGUAGAAUGCGAGAGCGCUCCAAAACUUCAAGAUUCUAAAGUAGAGCAGUUGGAUGAGGAUUGCAGCAUUAGUUUUUUGGAUAAAAUUGAGAACAAUGAUGAAUUAUCCCUAGAUGACAUACAUCAAUUGGUGGCAGCCGAAGAUAUACAAGAAACGGAAUUUGUCAAUAUGGAUUCUUUACCCGUAGUGGUGUUAGAUUCUGGUAAUAAAACUACUAAACCCAAAUUGUUAAACAAAUCCUCUGUAAGGAUUUUAAAUAAGGAAGCAGAUCGUGGAACUGAACCUCGUUUAAGUAUGCCAAUGAUAAAGCAAGACGUUGAUGGUAAAAUGGAAAUUGUUGCUGAAAUUUUAAAUAUUGAUGAUAAAUAUGAAGAAGAACCGGAUCCGAAAAAUGCGGUUCCCGUUGAGACUAAUGUAUUUCCUUGUCCUUGUUGCGAGCGCACAUUUCCCUUGUUACAGUUGCGUGAAAUACAUUUAAAAAUGCAUUCACGUGACCGUAAAUUCCAAUGCGAACAUUGUGAUAAAUCAUUCUUUUCUAAAUAUGACCUGCAUCGUCAUUCUUACAUACACAAUGGUGAAAAGCCCUAUAAAUGUUCAGCUUGCGAUAAGGCUUUUUCACGUACCGGCCUGUUGACGCGACACGAAAAGACCCAUACCGACAUACCCAAAUUUAUAUGCGUGCACUGUGAACGUUCCUUUAUAUCGAAAGACGAUAUGGAGAAACAUGCUGAGCGUCACAAUAUACAUCGACCAUUCGCUUGUAAAGUUUGCAAUAAGUCAUUUGCUUUUAAACAAGGUCUUGAACGUCAUGAGGUCGUGCAUUCACGCCAGCAGCCCUACCCUUGUCAGUACUGCGAUCAGAGUUUUUCAACCACUUCUAAACUGUCUCGUCAUUUGACUGCUCACGCUGGUCUCAGGCCAUAUCCUUGUAAAAUUUGCAAAAAAUCUUAUUUACUAUCCCACCAUCUUACGCGGCACAUGCGCUCCCAUAAAAACGUAGUGGAUCCCAUCCAUUCCAUUCAAUUUACGUGCAGUUCCUGCAACACCAGUUUUGUUACGCGUGAUGAACUUAUAGCUCAUUCUGCUACCCAUGCAAAUGAUGGCAAUCUUGCCUGUCCUCUAUGCAAGGACGUAUUUGAUGAUAUGAACAGUUUAACCACUCACAUUCAAGAUCACUCUGAAGGCGAAGCUUAUGCUUGUGAAUUUUGCGAUUUCAUCUUUAUGACAGCAGAUAAAUUACAAUUACAUACGGAUCAAGAUCAUGCUCAAGAAAUGGAAGCUUAUCAUGCCGACGAUCGUGCUCAGGCCGAUAAGCAAAUGGAAGAGUCUCAAAAGCAAGAAGCUUUUAAUGACGAAAAGUUGCAGAAUGCUGUUAAUGAAUUUCUUGUUGAUGACAUGUCUGACGAAGCAAACGAAUCGCUGGAAUCGGUGAAGAAAAGGAUUAAAACUGAAAAAGAAAAACAAUCACCUAAGAUUAUUAACCAAAUUAUAAUACGAAGCGCAACAAAUGAUCAGAAUGAUGAAAAUAAGGUGGAAGAUAACAACAGUCUAUUGAUACCAUUAAAACAACGCAAACUUGAUGAAAGUGGAAAAAAAGCUGCAGCACAAACAAAACCACAACAACAAACAAAGCAAUCACCACAAUUAAGACGAAAAACUCCAAAUGCAAGUGCGACACCAGCAAGGGAAGCAAAUCAACCAACGAUUCAAUCUCUAUUGAAAACGCCUAAAACGGCAACUGUUACCAAAAAGUCUCCAACAAAGACAAUGACACCAGCCAACGCAUUACCCAAACCAAAAGUAAUUAAAGUUGAAAAAAAUACUUCUGCUGAAACGUCAACCUCUGCAACGUCCACAACAACAGUUGAAGAAUCCAGUAUCGAUGAUCUUGUUAAAAAGAAACUUGGCGAUAGAAAGGUUAAAGUGCAGAAAAUUACCGUAACAAAAGCUCAAGCAGCUGCUAUGGCUAAAGAGGGUCGUAUUAAAAUCAAAGAUGGUAAAAUUAUCUUAAACAAAUAAAUAUUUUAUAACCAAUAAUAUUAUUAUUAUAUACAUUAAUUGUUUAUAAUACAUACUUACAUAAAUCUUAUGUAUGUUUACAUAAUUAUUUUUUUAGAUAUUAAUGUAUAAUAUUAAAAUCUUAUCAAUUUUGUUUUAUUUUUAUUCUAAAACAUUUUGUUUUCUUUCUUUUUAUCACUGAAACGUAAUAUACAAGUUACAAUAUUGAAGUAAAACAGUGCAUAUGUUUCUUAUUUUGAUAAUACGAAACGCAAAAUCCUAAUGCAUUACAAAGUUAUUUUAAUAUUUUUAUUUAAAAAAAUAUGUUAUAACGUAGUUUUUUGUCAUUCAUAUCUAAAUCUAAAUUCUUGUUUGAAAAAUUAACCUUGACUUAUAUGACGAUAUGAAAGAUAAUCUUAUAAUAAAAAUAUUAAAUAAAUACAAUUUAUUUAAAAAAAA